GAUGAGUGUUAUUAAUUUAACAAAUGGAACAGAUUUAUUAAAUCAAUAUUUUUCUGAUAAAUCUUUGGAUGGAGUAAAGAAAAUUGUUCGUCUUAUUUUAAAUUCGUGGCCAUGCUAUCAAUUUGCAAUAAAAAAUCAACUUGGAGGUUCACAAACGGCAAUAAAGGAUAAUUGGUUCUCUGAUGUCCUUUCAGAACACAUUUUUAAACAUUCUGAUUUAUACACAUACGAAUUAUCUGAAUGGAUUGAAGAAAUACUUUACAAUGAAUUUGAUACAAUUUCUGAAGAUAAUACACUUGACUCGACAGCUGAUUUAUUAAUUAAAAUGAGUAAUUGGUUAUUAGGAAGGGGAAAGACGAGUGUUGAAGAAGCAAAAACAAAAUUUAGAGAAAAUGUGGAAAAACUAUUGGCAAUGAAUUCGAAAAAGGAUGUAGUAAAAAAUGUUGAACCGUCAGAUUCAAGUGAAAGCGAGGAAAGUGAAGACCAAGAAGAUUAG